GCAGCAGCACACAGACAGAAAGCAUGUCUAACUUCUAUAAGUUUUUAUUUUUCUUUUAAUAAUAAGGCAUUAUUAAUCUGCUGAGAGUUGUAUGAAAUCUUUUUAGGUAAGGUUAGGAGGCGGAGACUCCCCAGCACUGCUUCUUGUAGCUGAACCACAACUGUAAAACGCUGCCAUAAAGCCCGUGUGGAUUCCUAAUAAGAUGGAUGCUCUACAUAAGUUGAAGAUUUUGGUGAUGUUUCUGUCUCUGGCUACUUUCACGGUCAUGGUGAUAAUGAAUGCUGGAAAUGCCACUGGGACGUUCAAAGGUCUGUUCAGGACAACCCCUGGAAACAUCUCGGCCAAGUACAGCACUGAUUUCACACCAGCUGGCUGGACUUUCCUCAUCUGGAAUGUUAUCUACGCCUGGCAGCUUGCCUGGCUUCUCUACGCCUUGUCAGGGAUCUGUCGAAGGAAUGAACUUGGAUAUGACUUCAUAAAGCCAGACUUGCUGCCAAUACCUUUUUAUGUGGCUUGGUGUUUGAAUAAUGGCCUCAAUGUUGGAUGGCUCUUUCUGUGGGACCGAGAAUACCUUCUUCCAGCCCUGGUGUUCCUGGCAGUCCUCUCUCUUACCACAUGUGCUUCCCUGUUUGUUUCCCAUCGAGCCUUGAGCAUCCAUUCCUCAUGGUUUGUGAAGGGUCACAGAGCUGAGCUCUGGCUCAUCCGCAUUCUGGUCCAGAAUGGGCUGGCACUGUACGUGACAUGGACCAGCAUCGCCAUGCUGCUGAACUUCGCCGUCGUGCUGAUCUACAAAUGGAAUGUGACCAAUGAGAAAGCAACCACUGCUUCCCUGAGCAUCCUGGCUCUCGGCCUGGUGGUAUGGUUUUAUCUAGAAAACUACUUUCUUGACAAGUAUGUCUGCUAUAACCUCACAGUCUACCCAGUGGUCAUAGCAGCUCUGACUGGCAGUGCGUGCAGGAACAGGUCAUUUUCAUCCCCACUGACCAACGACGUCUUUAUAGUCGUUCUGCUGGCACUGACAUGCUUGAUCUUUGCUGUUCGGCUGGGACUAGUCACAUGGAGACACUGGAAGAGGCCACUGGAAGCUUCAGAAUCCUGAGGUCCAUCAGGCACAGUGGCCUGGGACCUCUGGCACAUUGUGGCCGAUACUUGAAAGGGAGAAAAAAGAAUUGGGCAUGUGCUGGUCCUUCCUUCCUGUAUCAAUUUCUUUGUGCUUUUCUCUCUUAUUCUCCAUUCCAAUUACAGUCUUGUGUCUGCAAAUGUUUUGCUCCCACAUUCUCUUGGAUCAGCUAUUCACAACCCUGGCUUGAAUUCCUUUAGUUUUACCCUGGAAAAGUUCAGGAAAAGGUCCUGAGCAGCCCCGUGCACCUUUGUGAUGCCUGGGCUGUGGCUCUCUUCUCCUGCCAGUGCAAGGAGGGCUGCCAACAGGCACCCAGCACACUUGCACACACAGUUGAUCUUGUUCUUUCCUUGGUAGCUCACUUUCUUUGAAGUGCAGAUCCAAGUGGACUCUCCCUGGGAUUUCAGGGGAGCAGUGGGAGGUUUGUCAUUCCCUUGGCCAUCGGUGCAGAGCAUCCUCAAGCCCUGGUGCUGUCAGCAAAUCUCCUGCGGGCAGCCACGGCUCCUUUCCCUGCUUCUCUUCAGCGUGACAGGAACAGAUACCACAAUUUGAUGUCUACCUUUGCAGUGUCAGCUCUGAGAUUUGAUAUUCAUGGGGGCAGGGGGAGUGACUGAAGAUUUCUGACACAAAUGUGUUGCCUUUCCCUGAGCUGUGCACAGCUUGGGCUGGCUGGAUGUCUCUCACUGGGGGAGGGUUUGUGGCUACUCUGGAAGGAAACGAAAUGUACAGAUGAGCAGGUACCUGAACUGGGUUGAAGCCUGAUGCCUCAAAGGAAGCCUGUUUAAAAAAAAAAAAGGAAAAACUGAACCGGUAGAGCAAGUUCAUCCUGGAUCAGUGCUUUCUCAUGUGGCUUCACCACUUCUGAGUUGGGAUUAGGAAGCCUAAAACUAGAUUGACUGAAUUUUUUGACCACUGCCUCUCCUUCCUGUGCCUAAUCAAGAGUUGGUGGUGCGUCACAGGUGUCUGGCAAGUCUUUGCACGGGGAAGGUGUUUUCAGGUGUUGAACAUCUUGCAGUACUAUUAACAAAGCUAAAUUCUAAAACAUGUGCUGUUGUUUAUGUUUAACAAAACCCCAAACAAGUGUAAUACAGUUCCUCUCAUCAUUCUGGUGUGUUUUUUUUAAAUUUUCAAAUAAAUCAGUUAAUUCUACCACUCUG